AUGGCGUUUAUUAAAGAGGAGAGUGAAGAUGUGAAGAUUGAAGACACAUUCACAGUCAAACAGGAAGAUCUGCAGGAACAAACAGACCUGGUGGUGCUGAAAGAAGAGACUGAUCAAAUGGAGGAGAAACAGCAGUUAGAGAAACCCCAAGAGAUAAUGACUAAUGAAAAACCCACACUGACUAAAAAGACUUCACGUGGAAGACCUCAGAAACCCAAAUCUGGAUGUCUUUUAAGCUGUAAACAGUGUGGAAAGAGAUACAGUCAAAAGUCAAACCUUGAUAUUCACAUGAGAGUUCACACUAAAGAGAAACCUUACACCUGCGAACAGUGUGGAAAGAGUUUUGGUUAUAUACAAGGCUUUAGAACCCACAUGAGAAUUCACACUGGAGAGAGGCCGUACACAUGCCAACAGUGUGGAAAAAGCUUCUAUUAUGCAGGAAGCCUUGCGGUGCACAUGAGAACUCACACUGGGGAGAAGCCUUUCAGCUGUGCACAGUGUAGAAAAAGUUUCAGUCAAAAGCAGAACCUUGACAUUCACAUGAAAGUUCACACUAUGGAGAAACCUUACACCUGCGAACAGUGUGGAAAAUGUUUUGGUUAUGUACAAGGCUUUAAAACCCACAUGAGAAUUCACACUGGAGAGAGGCCGUACACAUGCCAACACUGUGGACAAACCUUCUAUCAUGCAGGAAACUUUGCAGUGCACAGGAGAAUUCAUACUGGAGAGAGGCCAUACACAUGCCAACAGUGUGGACAAACCUUCCAUCAUGGAGGAAACUUUGCAGCACACAUGAGAAUUCACACUGGGGAAAAGCCUUACUCUUGCCCUCAGUGUGGAAAGAGUUUUAAGCGAAAUGGCACCCUUGAAGACCACAUGAGAACACACACUGGAGAGAGAAUUUUUACUUGCACACAGUGUGGGAAAAGUUUCUCUCAAAAACAAAGCCUUCACAUCCACAUGAGGAUUCACACUGGAGAGAAACCUUACACAUGCACAGAGUGUGGUAAAAGUUUCAUAUGUAAAAAGGCACUUGAUUAUCACAUGAAAACUCACACCGGAGAGAAGCCGUUUGCAUGUGUUCAGUGUGGAAAGAGCUUCACAACCAAAGCUAGCCUCAAGAAUCACAUGAAUCGUCACACUAGAACCAUAGUGUUCACAUGUGAUCAGUGUGGAAAGAGUCUCACCCGCAAAGACUCCAUUAAGAAACACAUGAAGACUCACUCAGGAGAGGAUCGUUUUAGAUGCAGUGAGUGUGGAAAAGACUUUAAACAUAAAAGAAGCCUCAACACUCACAUGAAGCUUCACAAUGGAGAGCAGAGUCCUCAAAAUUGAGGCCUUGUCCACACAAACACUGGUAAAUUACUUUCUAUAAAUUACUUUCGAGAGGUUCACAUGUUUAUGAUUGUCCACAACUGGUCCUGCAUUAGCUAACAUAAUUCACCAAUCAGAUGAUUCCUAACUCACUAUAAAUAUAAGAGUUUCUUACCUCGGUUAUCUUUGUCUUGAGAAAUUCCCCUCCCACCCCUACUCCCCCUCCUUCUAGAUUGUAAUGUAAUGUGUAUUUAUUGUAUAUAGCGCAUUUAUUUUGUAUGGCCAUACACCCAAAGCGCUUCACAAUCAUGAGGGGGGUCUCUCCACACCACCACCAGUGUGCAGCAUCCACUUGGAUGAUGCGACGGCAGCCACAGGACAACGGCGCCAGUGCGCUCACCACACACCAGCUAUUGGUGGAGUAGAGAAACAGUGAUAGAGCCAAUUCGGUGGAAGGGGAUGAUUGGGAGGCCAUGAUCAUAUGGGCCGAUAGAGGGACUUUGGCCUGGACACCGGGGUUACACCCCUGCUCUUUCACGAGAAGUGCCAUGGGAUGUUUAAUGGUCACAGAGAGUCAGGACCUUGGUUUAACGUCUCAUCCGAAAGACGGUGACCCCUUCGUUAGCAAUGUUGCCUCAAAGCAAGAAUGUUAAAGGUUAAAGUUUGCUGAACCGGUUAACAUUUUGUGUGGAGUUUGCUCGUUAACUCUGUGCUCGCGUAGGUUUUCCCCAGGUUCCUCCCACAGUCCGAUCUAAUUAAACUGAACAUUCUACAUUGGCACCAUAGUCGAGCUCUUAGUAAGCCAUAUAGCUCUCUUUAGCCAUCUCUAUAUCUGUCAGUUGAACAGAAACGAGUCGGGGGAGUUUAUCAAGAAUUACCUGAGCUCAAACUCCCCUCACGCCCUGCUUGCAGAAGGGAGCCCAGGGCUCGGGGAUCUUAUGAGCUUAGGACUCUCCCCCGGGACAGCUUUCCCUCCUUUAAAUCUCUCAAAUUAUUAUAUGCAAUCUCCUCAGUUAUUGGACUUUUUAACUGACAAGGGGAAAAACUUCAAAAACAUAUACACUAUGACUUAAACUACUACUGUUGACUGUUGUGUUUAAGGAUAGUGUAAUGCAAUAUUGAAAAUUUAGGAUUCAAUAAUGAAUAUAGAGAAUUCCAGAUGUUUCAGAGAGCAGGUCGACACACACACAUAGAUUGCUAUGAUAAAGCAGGCUAAACAACUAUACAUGUAUCAAUUAAAGCAUGUUAUAUGCUAAAUAAAGUCUGAUUUUUUUUUGAUAGGCUAAAAAUGUUCAUGUGUUAGCUAUCUACCACUAACAAGUAGUCUUAUAUGCAAAGAUGUGUUAUUCAAAAAUUUGUUUAUAGUUAUUAAAAAAUACUAAUUGUCCAUAUUGGCUCUGUUCAGGAUCCCUUGUCUGUCCGACAGUGCUCAAGCUAAAGUGAAUAACCUCUAAUAUAGUUCUUUGUGUGUAAUGACACACAAUUACAGUGAUGUUACUUUGUUUUUUCUGAAAGAAUGAAUAAUUUGUUCCAGACCAUCCCAUCCUCGUGUGCAAAAGAAGGCCAGCAGGCUUAGAUGAGAUAAGAAUAAAAAUGCAUCAAGAUGCACUUUAUACAAAAAUAAAUAAAUUUUUUAUGACUAUUUUUUAAAUGUUUAAACAUCUUUCCCAUCUACAGUAAUUAGUACAUUUUUGCAUGAUUUUAAACACUUCUGUGGUGUUCUGUCAUUACUUUCAGACCUAACCUGAAUGCAAAUGAAACAGAGGAAGCGAGUUUAAGAAGAAAUAGUCUUGUUAUUCAAAAGUCAAAUAAUUUUGUUUAAACUGUUAAGUUUUAAGUAAUAGAAUUUUCAUUUAUUUCACCUUAAAAGAGUUUAAAGGGGAGGUAUGUUUAAAAUAUAAACUAAAGGCUUUUACAGGUAAACUGACAUGUUGUCUGUAUGUUGUGUUAUACCCAGCCUGAUCUCAUGAGAAAACGUAAGUAUUUUACAUUUUGCCAGUUUAGUGGCUAAUUCGUACGAAAUUGUAAGAUUUUAAAAAAUAGGCGUGGCACCUAACAUAACCCCUA